UCGCUGGCUCCGGGGCGCAGGCUGGGGAUUGUGCAGUAGAAGCAAAGGGCGCCCUGGCGGAGGCGGUAGAGACUCUCUGGCCGGGAGGGGAUGGAGAAAGCGAGGCGUGGAGUAUCAAGCUUCUCCUGCCUGCUGCUUCUUUCUCAGGUUCGGGUAAAGCCGUGUGGCCUGGCGGGAGGAGGAUGGAGGCAUCUGGGGAGUGAUUCUGCGGGGAGCGGCUGUCGCAGUCCGUGAGAGCGCCGAAGGAUUUCCUGAUGAAGACAGAAGCUCCUUCGGUGGUCUGGUUCGAGCAACCGUUUCCUAUGCCAUGAGUAACGCUACCCUGCCCACCUCCCCUGAGCCGACCAGUGACUCUUUGGUGGGCUAUGUUCUGGUGCCAUUUUUUCUUAUCACUGUGGUUGGGAUCAUCAUGGCUGUGAUGAUGUAUAUUCAGAAGAAGAGGAGGUAUGACCGACUACGUCAUCACUUGCUGCCAAUGUAUAGCUACGAUCCUGCGGAGGAACUGCAUGAAGCAGAACAGGAGCUCUUGGUGGAGCCAGAGGACACAAAAGUGAUGCGAGGUUGGGGAGGAUACCAGCCCUACCGUGCUUCGCUUACGGAUGUGAAGGCUUAAUGCAACUUCAAAAUUGACAACAGGGCUUGGAGCGGAUGAACUCGUCUAUAUGGUACACGUGUUGACUUGAAGGGCUCCCAAUGCCAACGACUUUGAACCUGCUGCGUUUGUUUUCCACUUCAACACUGUACCCCUUUGCCUUGGUUCCUGGUGCAAGAAGGCGAGCAAGUGCCUGCCUUGCAGUGUGUCAACCAGGUGCCACUGAGCUCUUGGUGCCAGAGAGGGCAGUCUAGGAAGCUGGUGUCUUGCAUGGUUGGGUUUGGAACAGUUCUACUAGACAUGACAACACCUCCUCUUGGUUUACAGGGGAGAUGCUGCCACUUCAGGGAAAUACCUCUGGAUAGCUCUUACAGUAAGGGCUGAAGAUCUCAAAGGCUAAGCUCCCUUCUCCCCGUGACCUCCCCUCCACUUUGUGCAAAAAGCAGCAUCCAAGCUGCAGCUGCAAAAACAUCAUAAUGCAUUUGCUAGUUGCCCCUGUGCCCCAUCUGCUGCCUACUUAACAUGUGCUCAUAAUGGGCGUUACCACUUAGCUGUUGGGUUCCCAGGCUGUGCCCCUUUAUGGAUCCAAGGAAAGCAAAUGGUGAAGUUGCCUGGCUAAAACUCUUGGGUGAAGCCAUUUAAUGUUCUUCUCUGUACAGUUCCAGAACAGUGAGGAGGGCCAAGAAGCACAUGCAGUGAGCAUUGUAUGCAUGCCCGGCUGCCAGAAAGGGCCUUAAAUAUAUUUGUGAGGAGGAGUUUCUUUCAGCAAGGUGCUUCUUUCUAUGAUGAUGAUUUUUGUAUUUGAUGGGAACAUUUUGUAAAUAAAAUAAGACAUGAGCAGGAGCAGCUCUGGUGAAAGUGUAAACUGGUUUUUUUAAAUGUGAAAUGCUGUCUUUUAUGAGUCUAGCUCAUUAAAGUUAACCCAGUUGUGGCAUUCUAAGGAAAUGUUGAGCCGUUUUGACUUUUCUGAAGAAGAAUGGUUCCCGAUGCAGGGGCAGGAGCCCAUAAAGGAAUAUGAAUUGCUUGCAUGUCAGGAGGGAGCUGGACUGGUGAUUUGGGCAAAAACAUGUAUUGGGACUGUUCUGUUUGCCUUUGGUUUCUCUACUUGUUCUUCCCAAUGUGAAAGAGUAUCACCUUUUGGGAGAAAGCAGUCUUGCUGCAUUGUGCCCUACAAGACUUGUCUGAUUGUUUGUUCUAGGUACUGGCUGACAGCCAUCAAAGCCUGGCUGUGGAAAUAAGACGGCUCUAGUUGGCAUGAAACCAAUAGAUUAAUGAGGGGAUACUUGUAAGACAGGCCGCAGCCGUUGCCUCUCUGCUGUGCUACAGAACACAUAGGACUAAUAUAUUCAAACCAGUGUAGUGAAUAUGUAGGUUGAGUUCAGCUGAGCUAUCGCACAGGGAAUGAUCUCAUUCUGCUGAGCUACUCAUAAUUCAACUUGAUUUCUAGAACACAAUUCCUAGUGUUUAAGCUGCCCUGCCUUUGCUAUUGUGCUAUAAAGGCUGAUGCUUCAGGCAAGAUUAAACAUUGAAGAGUAGUCUAUCGUUGGCUCAGCUGCCCAGUACCAGCCACGUCUGCACAUCAGAAAGUGGAAUCGGACAGCCCACCUGGGUUGCAGAAUAAAGAACUUCUUAAAGCUUCCAUGGCAGAGGAAGGAUUUGGACCUAGAUCUCGCAGCUCCUAGUCUGACAUUCUAAGCACUGUGGGCUUUUCUGCAUGGGCAAUUUACUCAACAACAACAAAGUUUAUUAGCCAGAGGCCAUCACAUUCUCGAAAUCAAUUCAAAAUUACACAAUUGCACAUCAGCAAGACACACGCCAUUUUAAAAUAAGUAUUUAAAAGGUACAUAUUUCCACAAGUUACCAAUUUACUCCUUUCUUUUUGAGUAUUUGGUUUGGCCACCUACCUUUCUGCAUAUUUAAUCGCAGCAUACAGUUGGUAUGGUGUUAACUUUUCAUCUGCACCCUCAUGAAAUAAAGAGGAUUAGGGGAGGCGGGAGAGGGGGCAGUGUCAUAAUUGAGGUCGCUGUUGGCAUCACGUUACCACCUUUUUAUUUUCACACUUUGUGGCCACUCAUUUCAGGUUUCGUGGUUUCUGCUGUGUGCCAAGCAGUUGGUGCUGGGCAGACAUUGCAAAAUACACACUGAAAAGGCUGUGAAAUAGGAAUGGUGCUGUUUUACCUCUUGGAGAAAGUUCAAAGAUGGCACCUAGCAUUAAGGCACUGUGAUUGGUUAUUACAGAUCACAGCCUCAACACAUUGGCUACACUUUCUUUCUUAAGCGAUUCUCUUCUCUAAAUGCAUACCUGGUAGCAGCAAUGUAAAGUAAACCAAAAGAGAACUGAAAGCUCUCGAAAGAAAAACCAACUUGGUGCGGAUGCAAUGAUCACACAAAACAACCCCAAACACAGAGCAGCUAGAGAGAGCUAAUCUUUGAAAACUUUAAACGCAAUCUAUGUAAUCAGAACACUAAGUAACCCUGUCAUUAUAUUGGUUUUUCAAAAAAUUACUUGCGUCUUCAAGACACACCACAGCCAUGCUCUGACUGUUGACAUUUUCGUUAAUGCUUGGUGCCCCUUUCAUGACAUAUGGGAUAAGGGAUAGCACAUGUGGCCCUGUGUUUUACAGUCCAGGCCAAUGUAGGGAAGGGAAUAAUUCACAUAAUGCAAUAAUGUUAAAAUACUGUAAUAGUAUUAAGUGGAUUGAAAAGUGAGGGAGGAGUGAACAGAGGGAGGACAGGAAAAACAGUAAGAAAAUUCUGCAUGAUAGAGCUGAGUCCAAACUGCCUUGAAAAAAAAUGUUGGGGGGAGGGGGAAGUAGUCACAGAAAAUUAGAAAAGAAGCCCUGAAAACACCACAUUGAAAUCUGAAAGGGGAGGUAAAAAUGUAGAAUUCACCAGAAAAACCAAAGCAGUACAGAGGCAGAACCAGUGAAAAUUGCUUAUGUGGAAAGUCCCUAUGCUACACUGGUUUUGCAAAGCCGUAUCAUUAAGCCUUCAUGCAUUCGUUACAAAUCAAGAGUUGGUGACUUGAUUCUGUUCUUCCUUGCUGACAAGUCUAGCUUUAUUGAACUGAAAGUCUAAGCUACCUGCUGUGUCUUUCUCCGUUUUGUCAUUACAGAGAAUAAAACUAUAGGAAAAUAUCAGGGUCCUUAAGCACUUUUCUUAAAGCAAAUUAGUCACAACAUCCACAGGCACUACCAGGUUCUCUUGUGGUACUGUAUUCUACUUUCUUUUCCCAACAAAGGGAAAAGUACAGAAAUGAAAACAGACCAGCCAAUCUUUGUCUUUGAUCCUUAGAAUCCAUAGCCCAAGUUAAAAGAAGUGAUCUUGGUUCCCCUCCUAGACUGUCAGGGGGCACAGCAGUAAUUUGACUAACUUGUAUCAUUAGAAGCACAGUUUGCAACACUGGAGCUUGUUCACCACUUCAUCUUCUGUGAAACUAUUGAAGGUACUGGAGCCAGACUGGAUUUAUGGACUGCAUAGCCAUAUCUUUUUAAAUCUAGACCUUUUCAAUUAAUUACUUUUAAUUUCAACAGGAACUGGUUCUAGCCCUCUUCACUUUCAAGAAGCGCAAGCAUGCUCUUUAACAAAGUAUUUCUAAUCAGAUCUCAUUGUAUCCUCCAGAGCUUCAAUGGCACAGG